UCACUUUCACCUUCCGGUCGAUCAACACGUCGUUCACCACUCUUUCCAUUUGGUUCCGAUUCUUCUUCCUCUUGAUCUCCUUCUGCGUUAUGUUUUGGUUCACUCACAGUCUCUAUCGGUUCCCAUUCGUCGACUGGUCUCUCGAGCAGAAGUGGACGGCCCUUCUGCUGGCCCUACUCCUGGUGACCGACAAUCCCUUCUAUCCGAUGCAGUUCUUGUUUGGCUCAGCCCUACCGCGACUCAUGGAGAUCCUGUUCCAGAGUUCACUCAUGUGUACACUUAUGAUGUUUUGGUUGUCUUUCUUUCACGGCAUCCGUCAAAACAGCCGUUCCUUCUCUCGCUUCUAUGGACCCAAACUGGCGCUCAUCGCUCUUCUCUGGCUUAUUAUGGUGUACGUGAUGUCCGAUUCAGUCACCAAUCAGUUGGAUAAUCCCAUCUUCGAUGAGACCAAACACUUUCAAAACUCAACUUUUCUUCAGAUGGCAAACAUACUCUUCUAUCUUCUUCUCAUACUUUACUUCAUUUACUUAACACUUCUAAUGAUGUCUGCAUUCACUGAACUCCGAUCGAUG